AUGUCACUACCCCAAGUUCCACCCGUCUCCCUCUACCCCGCCGACUUCGAAACAUCCUCCCCAAUUGUCUCCCCCAAUACCCCUCCCUUCCCCUCUCUAAUCCCGCUCUCUCACACCACUAAACGCAUUUCUCUCAUUCCACUUUCCGUGGAGCAUAUCCCAGAUCUAUGGAAUCAUGUCGGUGGAGCGGAAAAAUAUAUGCUCUACAAAUAUAUGCCCAUGGGUCCUUUCAACACCAUCGAGGAAUUCACAACUUACAUAAUAUGGCUUACCCAGCCCUCUGAAUUUGGAUUUGUAAACUGGGCCAUUGUCUUGCCGACUGGAAAAGCGGUGGGUAUUAUCUCACUUCUGAAUAUCGUGCCUGCGCAACGGAGGGUAGAGGUUGGUCAUGUGUUGUUCUCGAAGGGACUACAGCGGACGACUGAAGCGACGGAGGCGUGUUAUGUGUUGAUGGAUUAUGUGUUUAGAUUGGGAUAUGAGAGAGUGGAGUGGAAAUGUAAUAGGGAGAAUGAGGGGAGUAAGAGAGCGGCACUAAGGUUGGGGUUUGUGGAGGAGGGCGUCUUUAGGAGACAUAUGGUUGUGAGGGGAAGGAGAAGGGAUAGUUGGGGUGGUAGUUUGAUUUUGGAGGAGUGGGGAGUGGUGAAGGAGGCGUUGGUGGAGUGGUUAGGGGUGAGGAAUUUUGAUGGGGAGGGAGUGCAGAGGAAGAGGGUGGAGGAGAUUAGGGAGGAGGUAGGGAAGGGGAAGGAUGUUCUUAAUUAA